AUGCGCAUGGGGGCGAUCCGUAGUAGCGGCAGCUUCGUCGGGUUCUCCAUGUUUCCAAACGGGACACUGUCCAGUCUGGGCCUGGAUCUGGACUCGGCAUGCGAGAGUGCCCUAUACCAGACCGUCGACUGCGACGACGCGACCUCGACCUUGAUGACCGACGGGUACAUCGGUAGUUUCGACAACGCCACGCUGACAGCAUCCGUCUGCGCAGCGGGUUGUGGGAGCUCGCUCGCGCAACUGCACGCGGAUGUGGCCACGAGCUGUGGCGAAGCAGCCAAGCUCAUCGACGGCCUCCCGUUUCUGAGCCUCGUCGAUAUGCUCUGGAGCAACUGGAACCAAUCGUGCUUCUACGACCCUGCCACGGGAGAGAAUUGCAACGAUGUCAUUGCUGCGUUCUCCAACGUCACCGACGUGACCCUCCUGCCUACCGAGGAUCUCUGUUCCUCCUGCUACCUGCAAAAGUUCGCCCUGCUACAAGCGGAUGCCUUCUCGGGCGUCUACGAAGAAAACUGGCAAUCCACCUACGAAACGGUCGCCGCUGCGUGCAAUGUCACAGUGGCCGACUUCAACAUCACCGACAGCGCCUUCAACGUGACCGUACCCACCACCGAAACCAACUGCGUGUCCGGCAACACGUACACAGCCCAAGCCGGAGACACAUGCGACGCCAUCGCCCUGGCCCACAGCGUCUCGGCCGCGUCCCUGUACCACAUCAACUCCAACAUCCACAACUGCUCCGCCGUGGCGGCCGGGACCACGCUGUGCCUGCCGCUCGCCUGCGCGACGACAUACACGGUGCAGGCCGACGACACAUGCACCGGCAUCGCCGUCGACGCGGGCCUGUACACGUCCGACGUGCGCGCCUUCAACACGCUGCUGGACUGGAACUGCACGAACCUGCACGCGACCAACCCCUACUGGGGCGCCACGCUAUGCGUGUCGACGCCGGGCGGCACGUACAACAGCAGCGGCGCGACGGCGGCGACGGGGGCAGGGGAUGAUUCCGCCGCCGCUGCCGUCGUAGAUCCGCCUGCUGGUGCCACGAUCUGCCUCAACUACGGCGUCGCCAUCAACCUGUUCACGGCGGCCAACCCGGCGUUGAACAAGACGACGUGCGACGACGACCUGGUGCUGGGCGAUGCCUACUGCUUGGACCCCAUCACCGGCUGGGACUGGACGGGCACGGCGUCGGCCUCUGCGAACGCCACAGCGACAGUCAGCGGGGCCGUGCCGACCCCGACGGAGCCGGGCGCCAUUGAUAGCUGCACCGUGUGGCAUUGUACCGUCAGCGGGGAUACGUGCUAUGAUAUCGCGCAGACCGCGGGCAUCGCGCUGGAUGAUUUUUAUGCUUGGAAUACGGAGGUUGGUGAUGAUUGCAGCGACUUGUGGCUUAACUACUAUGUCUGCGUCGGAGUGUGA